UAAAUAUAUUUUUUAUUUUCUGCUGAACCAUAAUAUUUCAAAAAACAUGACUUCUGAAGAUUUUACAAGUAUAUCGUUGGUCGAAGUGGAUUUUAUAGUAUUGCUCAAAAUUAUAAAACACUGCGAGCAAGAAAUUGCUGGACUUGGAGAUAAUAUUCAAGGAUUUUUAAUGGGCCUUAAAGUUAAGGAUAGGCUAGAAGUAACAAAUUGUAGUCCAAAUCCCAAAAAUACUGAAAGCUCUGAAGAAAUAAACAAUUAUCAAAUGGAUCUUAUGAAGAAUUUAAUUAAAUUAAGAUUUGAUACACUUCAAAUAGGGUGGUAUCAAAAUACACCCUUAGGAAAUUUUAUUAAUGCUGCUUUUAUAGAGAAUCAAUUUAAUUACCAAGCACAAGUUGGGGAGAGUAUAGUAUUGAUUUAUGACAAUUUAAAAACUUCUCGUGGCUUUUUGGCAUUGAGAGCCUAUCGUCUAACACCGAAAGGUUUGCAAAUUUGCUCUGAGUGUGGUGGGGACUAUAGUCCAGAAAAAAUUCAAAAGUUCAAAAUCAAUUACGACUCCUUAUUUCAAGAAAUUCCCGUUUAUAUCAAGACAUCUAAUUUAACAAAUGUUCUUUUGUCUCAAUUAGAAACCAAUUUCAAACUAGAAGACAAAUUCCCUUCUAAACGCAUGUUAGACCUAGAUUUCAUCCCCGUUUUGGAUUACAAUUUGAGAACUAUGAUGUUAAAUUUGGAUGACAUCAAUCAAGAAAACAAUAAAUUGAACAUGUACUAUCGUCAAAAUGCUAAGCAACUCAAUCAAAAGCAACAGUACAUUGCGAAAAGAGAGAUUGAAAAUAAAUCAAGAGAACUCAGUGGCCUCCCACCCUUACCUGAUGAAGACAUAGACAAAUUAUUUAAACCCUUUCAACCGCCACAGCGAUUAGAUUCGAUCAUGAUUUCGGAUCAAUUAGUCGAAUCAAUCAAUAAUAUUAAUCGAUAUUUGACCCAAGGCAUGGCUAAGCUUCUUGUAACUGAUGCGCUAAAAGAGAAAUCCCAAUAAGAUAGAAAUUUAUUAUUUGUUAAACUUCAUGAUAUUUUUUAUGAUAAACGGAAUAAAAAAUUUAAAAAUAGUUUUUUAUUAUGUUAUUAUAGAAAAAUACUAAUUUUAUAACAAUUAUAGUAAAUUAAUU